GUCAGUCAGCACUGAUGGUGGAUUGUACUGCAACACGCUUGGAUGCAUAAUAAUACUAAUAAAAGAUAAAGUACUGAGGACCGACACCAACAAAGGACACUUCCUCGGGAUUCAGCGUCAGACACGUGACCGUCAGUCCCAACACCCGAGCCAAGCCUCCAUCAGAUCAAAACAGCGAUGCGAUUGGUCAGUGUGUCGGGGGCGCGGCCCCGAAGGGCAGCGGUGGAGGAGAACAAGGAACCCGCGCCGCCCCCGCCCCCCUCGCACCACUCCAGCCACCAGUUUGAAAGCAUGAAGAAUAAGUUCUUCAAUGAAUUCACACACUUGCCCAACCAUAAACUCCAGUUGCCCAUGUGGGCAGUGGGUGCCAUUGUGGUGGUGGUCCUGGCGCUGGUGGCCUGCAUGUGCUUCUGCCUCUACAAGAAGUGCUUCAACAAGGGCAAGAAGCCCAAGAAGGUCCGAGAGAGGAAGGGCGGGCGAGGACGCAAGAAGAAAGAUGCCGAAGGAGAGGAUGGAGAGGAGAAGAAGGAAGGAGAAGAAGGUAAACAAGAGGAGGAGAAAGAGAACUUUGGCAAACUGGAGUACACGCUGGACUACAGCUUCACAGACAAUCAGCUGAUAGUAGGCAUCCUGCAGGCUCAGGACCUGGCCGCCAUGGACAUGGGCGGGACCUCAGACCCUUACGUGAAAGUCUACAUGCUGCCUGACAAGAAGAAAAAGUUUGAAACCAAAGUCCAGCGCAAGAACCUGUGCCCUGUUUUCAAUGAGACCUUCACCUUCAAGAUCCCCUACACGGAGCUGGGCGGUCAGACUUUGGUGCUGCAGGUUUUCGACUUUGACCGCUUCGGCAAACACGACGUCAUCGGCGAGAUCAAGAUUCCCAUGAACUCGGUGGACCUCGGCCAGCCCAUCCACGAAUGGAAGGACCUGAUCGGAGGCGAGAAGGAAGAGGCAGAAAAACUUGGAGACAUUUGCAUUUCUCUUCGCUACGUUCCUACGGCCGGCAAGCUAACUGUGAACAUCAUGGAGGCCAAGAAUUUGAAGAAGAUGGACGUUGGAGGACUGUCAGAUCCUUUCGUCAAAGUGGUGCUGCAGCACAACGGCAAGCGUCUGAAGAAGAAGAAGACGUCAGUGAAACAAAACACUUUGAAUCCAUAUUUCAACGAGAGCUUCAGCUUCGAGAUCCCCUUCUCCCAGAUCCAGAAAGUGCAGGUGGUGAUCACCGUGUACGACUACGACAAAUUGGGAAGCAACGACCCCAUCGGGAAGUGCUGGAUCGGCUACGGCGCCUCGGGCGUGGGACUGCGCCACUGGUCCGACAUGUUGGCCAACCCCAGGCGUCCGGUGGCCCAGUGGCACACCUUGCAGCCUGAGGAGGAGGUCGAUGCUGCUCUGAAGGCACCCAUUCGUUAACACACUCAGUGGGUGUUACAAAUGUCCAGAUUGUCUCAGGGCGUAAUCGUCUCCCAUCGUUUAGUAUUUUGGAAAAUAUGAGAAUGUUCCGUCUUUAGAUGUUUUCACUCUUCUGUAUUGCAGUGGUUCUCAACUGGCACCACCAUAAUGACCAACAUUAAAAUACAGUAGCGUCGUAGGCCUAAGUAGUCAUUAAAAACAAGUCACAGCCAUAAUGACCAACAUUCAAAUACAGUGGCG